GAGGAGGAGGAGCCGCCGCCGCACCGGAGCCAUCGCUCUUGUCGGGGCCGGGGCGCACCGGCGGGGGGCGGCGGCGGCGGAGCUGCUGCUUCACCCCCCGCACCCCCGGCCCAUCCCGCACGGCCCGCGGGGCUCCGCCGCCCGCCCGCCCGCCCGGAGCCCUGCCCGAGCCCUGCCCGAGCCCUGCCCGAGCCCGCCCGGUGCCCGCCAUGCUCUCCGGGGCGCCGCCGCCGCCCGCCGGCUUCCCCAGCGCUCCGCCGCCGCAGCCGCCGCCGCCGCCGCCGCCCGCCGCUCCCCCGCACGGGCCGCCGCCGUUCCCGGGGAAGGGCGGCCUGCAGAUCCGGAAGAAUGCCAUCACGGACGACUACAAGGUCACCACGCAAGUGCUGGGGCUCGGCAUCAACGGGAAAGUUUUGGAGAUCUUCAGUAAGAAGAGCGGCGAGAAGUUCGCGCUCAAGAUGCUGCAGGACUGCCCCAAGGCCCGCAGGGAGGUGGAGCUGCACUGGCGAGCGUCGCAGUGCGCGCACAUCGUGCGCAUCAUGGACGUCUACGAGAACCUGUACCAGGGGAGGAAGUGCCUGCUCAUCGUCAUGGAGUGCCUGGACGGUGGGGAGCUGUUCAGCCGGAUCCAGGACAGGGGAGACCAGGCCUUCACAGAGCGGGAGGCUUCAGAGAUCAUGAAGAGCAUUGGGGAAGCCAUCCAGUACCUGCACUCGAUCAACAUCGCUCACCGGGACGUGAAGCCAGAAAACCUCCUGUACACCUCCAAGAGACCCAAUGCUGUGCUGAAGCUGACGGAUUUCGGCUUUGCCAAGGAAACCACCACGCACAACUCGCUGGCCACGCCCUGCUACACGCCCUACUACGUGGCCCCAGAAGUGCUGGGCCCAGAGAAGUACGACAAGUCCUGUGACAUGUGGUCCCUGGGUGUCAUCAUGUACAUCCUGCUGUGUGGGUACCCCCCCUUCUACUCCAACCACGGCCUGGCCAUCUCUCCUGGCAUGAAGAAGCGAAUCCGAAUGGGGCAGUACGAGUUCCCCAACCCCGAGUGGUCCGAGGUGUCCGAGGAAGUGAAGCAGCUGAUCCGGAACCUGCUGAAAACUGACCCGACCCAGCGCAUGACAAUAACGGAGUUCAUGAACCACCCCUGGAUCAUGCAAUCCAUGCAGGUGCCCCAGACCCCGCUGCACACCAGCCGUGUGCUGAAGGAGGAGAAGGACCUGUGGGAGGAUGUGAAGGAGGAGAUGACCAGUGCCCUGGCCACCAUGAGGGUGGACUAUGAACAAAUCAAGAUCAAGAAGAUCGAGGAUUCCUCGAACCCUCUGCUGAUGAAGAGGAGGAAGAAAGCCAAUCCCCCCGAGCCCUCUGCGCUGCCCCACUGAGCAGCCCCACUGCCCUCCACAAAGCAAUAACUAUAUAUAUAUUUUUUUUAAGAAAAAGAAAGACAAAAAGAAACAGACUGUUCUAUCCAGCGCAUGGAAUUCAGACAUUUAUACCAGACUAGUUAUUUUUAGCACUCACCUGUGUUUCUGACCUUGCUGGAGCAGGUGCUGAUCCCCCCUCAGAUCCACACCUGCAGCCAGGGAUUUUUGUCCUGUAGGUGAAAGCUGCCAAUAAUUGGAUUUUUAUUUUUCUUUUGUGAAACAAUUUUGGUUUAUAUAUAUAUAUAUUUUUUUCCCCCCCCUCCUCUUUCCUUCCAAAGACAUGGAAACUCCUGUGGUGACCUUUUUAGGGUAUAUAACAUAUAAAUAUUUUUUAAAAACUACUGUAGAGCUGAAACCCAGACAGAGUGUUCCCUGUGUGGAUGCUGGCUAGAGACAGGCUCCAGGUUUGGGAGUGGCUCAGGGAAGGAGAGCUGCCCUGCUGGCCUGGGGGAGGGUCCCUGUGGCCACCAAAUCAAGCACAGGAGCCAAAAAGCAGCAGCCCAGCCCUUCCCUGAGCUGGAGCCUGGCCGUGCCUGGCAGCUCUGUCUGUCUGUCUGCGUGGGCUGUGUGUCUGUCCGUGGGCCUGGAGUGCAGCUCUGACCUCAGGGGUGGGCAGCUCUGCCCCCUCCCCAUCCCUGCCCCCAUCCCUGCCCUGGGGUCCCUGGGGCAGGGGGUGCCAGGGGAGGUGGCACUGGCAGCACUGUCCCCUCCCUGCCUGCCCUGUCCCCUCAGUGUGGCUCCUGCAGCUGCUCUGAAGUCUUUAGUCCAUGAAUGAUUAUUAUUAUUAUUAUUUGUCACGACGUUUCACUUCGUUAAAUGUGUUUGAAUGGGGAAAAACAAUUUUUUAAGGCGAUGUUUGGUUUUUAGGAAAUCUUUUAGACACUGUAUGGAAUUUUAAUUUGUUUUGAAAACUGGUUUUUAUCCCUUUUUUUUUUUUUAAUUUUUUUUUGUCUGUUGGCUUAUACUAAUCUUCCCAGUCUGCUCUUCAGUCCUUUGGAUUAAAGACACUUAAAGAGUCA